UGGCUACUCACAUGCAAGAUUGGAAGGGACGAGUCCUUGAUGACUGGAUGUCGAUGACGGCUUUGUUGGGUGUAUCUGCGUGCGUUAAGAGUCACAAGGCGCUAAUAAUGCUUUCUUGCGCUAGGAUGAAAUUCUAUCAUGCACCACUCAGCCUGAUUCUGAUGGAUCCGGCUGACACAGUGAACAGUAUGGCAAGUUGGGUCAUGCAUUUUGCUUAUCAUUGUUGUUGAUGUCAGACACGGGGUUGAUACUUAAAAUGCUCAUCCCCAUCAUUAGCGUAGCUAUGGCUUCUAUCAUACAUGGUUGACAGCGCAUAUACGCAUUUCGUCUUGCUUCUGUCCUCUAUUGUUUCUCGUGGGUAAAUCUUAGAAAUAUAUGUUAAACGCAUCCUAAGAUGAGCCGAAGUUGUCCUUACAGCCCCACUCCCUUUCGAAUCGUCGAGGGGAAAUAUAUGGAUCCCCGGAAACUGGUGAAAAUGCUCAGGAAAGAAUAUGGUCAGUCAAAUUUUCGAGUAGAGGUGACUGCCAUUUGUUCGAUGAGUGAUAUCAGGAAAAUGCUGAUCAACACGCAACAGUUACGCCUGGAUCAAUACAAAAUUUACAUUCCCGACCAUCAAAGAGAGCAAACAUCGAUUUCGAUAGAUGUGAGUGUUGUUUGCGUUUUCUUUUUUUGAGCCUGCUCAACAGACUGACCUCUGAUACAGGAUAUGAUCAAGGACUGCCGGGUGUACUUUUAGCUGCAAGCCACG